CACGACUCGGCUCCUUUUAAAGUGGCUUGCAGGUGAUUUAGCGAAACCAUAACUCGGUCAUUGUGGCAUGAUUUGACCUAAGCCUCAAUUCACCAUUCUUUUCUCGCGGUUUUUCCAUGAGGGUCACACCAUAAGUCAACUCUCAGCCUUGCAAGUGGCAUGCACAACAGUUAAAUCGCCAGGCACCCACUCUUCCACAAGUGACCUACCUGUCAUAUUCCCCACCCAUUCUUUCCAGAGUCAUCUCUCCAAGGCCCCCAACCAGCAACGCCCUGAGCAUACUCUAUAUUCGAGAAUGAGUUUCGGUUUCUCCAUUGGAGAUUUUAUCACACUUCUUGAUAAAGCUCACCUAGUAUACAGGAAAUGCAAAUCAGCACCGAGUGACUAUGCAGUCCUUGCUCAACAUGUCGAAAUCCUCACACAUGUCCUCGAGGAAACGAGGAGCAUCUUGUCUCCAAGCCUUGCCUCUUCCCUCCCGAAGCCAAAGCUUAAUUCCCUCGUGAGUGCGAGGGAAAGCUGCCAGAUCACCUUAGAUGAGGUGGAGAAAUUCCUGAACAAAUAUGAAGAUAUGGGGAAGAAGCAUCCUACAUACUUUAAACGGGUAAAGUUCAUUGGCAAGGAUGUAGAGGGUUUGAAGGCUAGGCUUUCACUUAGUACAAACCUCCUUCAACUUGGCCUUUCUUCUCUCUCAAGGUAUAUCAAGCUACUCUUUCUUCUCCACUGUCGACAGAUCAAGUAUAACUCUUCCUGACUGCUUAGCCAAUCAAUUUCGCUGAUUCAGAAUGCCCUCGACGCCAAUGUCAAAGAAUAUCAAGUCGGAGCCCGUGCACCAAGUGUAGUAUCCGAUGCCAUCGAUGGGCAGCCUGUGAAUAA